AAGAUCCCUAAGCAGAAUCGCAUCCGCGAAAAAGUAGACACGCGAUGGAAAGCGUAAAUAUUUACAUCUUUUGAGUGUUCGUUGGCGCAUUUUUUUUUAUUUGUAAUCAUGAUAGACGGGAACAUCUCGAUGGAGGAGGACACGGAAUUACGGGACCUGGUGGUCCAGACCCUGGAGAACAACGGCGUCCUUGCCAAGAUACGGGCGGAACUCAGGGCGAGCGUGUUCCUGGCACUCGAAGAACAGGAUUCGGUUAUGAAUCCUGAGCCGCUUCUCAACAAAACUGUAAAGCAGUACCUGUCUAAUUCAGAAGGAAAAUUAUUGUUUUCCUUGGUUAGGGAGUUCCUAGAAUACUUCGGUCUUGAUUAUACAAUAUCUGUAUAUGAUCCGGAGACAUACUUAGGGAAGGAAUAUAACUAUGUAGGGAGAAAUAAAUUGUGCGAAGAAUUAGGUAUUGACUCAACCGAGCCAUUGCUGGGGGAAAUUCUGAAAAAUAGCAUCAAUGGUGCCUUCAAUAGUUCACAGAAGAAUAAGAGUAGCAAGAAACACAAUGAGACAGAUGAAACGUCAAUGCAUUUUGCAAAUGCGACGUUUGAAGUGUCUGUGCCCAAAAUAAUACACAAUGAAUCCAUGUCGUCAUCAAACGACAAUGAUUUCUCCGAAAAGUUGGAAAGUAUUUCCGAUCAAAGUCCGAAAGUUCCAAUAAACGUGACAAUAACGGACAAGCAAUGCAAAGAUUCGCCGAUCGCCGCCGACGUUGUAACAGAUACGUCGGAUUGUGAUAAGCAUCAAUCUUCUCUCAGGGAGAACACAAUGGACAUUGAUGGAAUUGAAGGUAACAGGAAUAAUAAUGUAAGUUUUGAUAAAAGCACGGCAAGUCUACACGGCGCAUGCACGACUACAAACGACAUGGUACAGGAGACUGAUAUUGUUACAUCAAAUCGAAUAAAUCCAUUCAACAAAUCCGAAUCCUUAAUUAAGUUUGAUGACUCUAUAGUGAUCGACACACAAGCAAAUCAAAAGGAUAUAACUAAGCAAAACAGUAUAAAUAGUUUGGAGUUAAGCAUAGAGAAUAAUGUACAAAGUAAGAGACCGAUUAACGCGAGAAAUAACUUCGGCAAAACUAUAUAUUUUGACGAGAUUAUCGUCGGUGGUGAGCACAAGAUUGUUAGUACAAUGAAUGAAGCCAAGCCUUUUCUAGAAAGCUUGCCAACUAUAAAUCAAAAAUCUAAUUCUAUAUUCAGCGAUUUGCCUCCUUUGAAUGGUAAAAAGGCCAAUAUUAAUGAUCUGAAGGAAUUAAUGAAUAUUGGUCUUGCUGCAGAUGUUAUAGAUAACUAUGAAGAGGAUUUUGUGUCAUCUGCAUCAGGUAGCGCAAACGAACAAAGUCCCUGUAAGGAGCCAGACAAGUCAGAUAACCCAGUCAAGUUACGAAUGAAGAAAGAGGAAAAAACUCAAAGUGCCCGUAGUGAAGAUUUAAGUGAGGAAAUUGAAGAAAUGGACGAAAUCUUAAGUAGUACUUCCUGUCUUGAAGAUACAAAUACGGAUAAGAAUAUAUCAAACUUUACGACUGGUAUUACCGCGGAAUAUACAUAGAAGAAAUGUAAUUUUCAAUCAUCGCUACACAGAUCCUUUGUAAGAACAGUAAAAAGAUGUUACUCUUGUAUGUAACAUCGAUGAGAUCGAUACUCCAUUGUUCGGGAUAUCCACGCCGUCUACUGUAAAAAUUUGUAGAAUUGAAUUCAUAGUUUCUGACAAAGGCACUGCCAAGCUGUGGCUCAAUACUUAUAAGUUGCGCUGCAAAAAAGAACGUAGAAGGAAAAUGUCUGAAUGCAUAUUUCAACAGACGAUAUGAUAUUUUUGUACAGUUUGUAAAAAUAAGCAAUGUUCCGGACUGUCAUAAUUCACAAUAUAUAUAUAUAUAUUCAAACAAGUAUCAUCAAUCUUUUUCAUAGGUAGUUCAAAUAUUACAUAAUUAAAAAGGAAUAAUAUGAUCAAUUCUGUUGUUAUUAAACACUUAUAUAUAAAAUGUAUUUUUUUAUUAUUUAUUAUGUUGAGAAUCUUUUGCAGUAUUUAUUAUAAUACUAACAA